AUGGUACCCUUACUGGUGCUAAAUUUCACCCUGCUUCUACACAUUUACUCUCUAUUGGACCGGGAAAUUUUGGCCGAAAUGUCGCGACCCUCGACCUAUGUGACCCAUGUAUCAUUGCACAUAAGGAGGUCAUUUGUUACUUGCGGGCGGCAUGCAUGUUUUUCCUCGUAGAUGGAAGUGGUUCUCGAGACCCUCUGUUAGGAAACAUGAAUGAACCUGAGAACCAUGAAGGAAUCAUUCAAGUCCGAGAAGCAUCGGUUCACAGAAACGUUGCAAGGACUUUUUCGAGGGGUUUAUUUGAAUAGGGUGACCAAUACCGUAACGUAAAUUCUUAUCCAUCAUCGACACGACGACCAAAGAACAGAGUCUUGGGUAGUUUUAGAGCAGUUGCGGUUCUAUGGGGAAAAACCUAAAAUCCGUGGGGUCCUUCA